AUGGCCACCAGACCACCAAAAGACAGGUAUUUUGCUGUCUGGAUGAUCCUAUUCAUGCUUGGUUUGGGAACCCUGCUGCCCUGGAACUUCUUCAUGACUGCUUCCAAAUACUUUAGGGGUCGUCUGAAAGAAUCCGUGUCCUCGGAGACUUCAACUAAUCAGACGGAUGCAGCAGAUGAACAUCACAACAUUCUUGAUGCCAAAUUUAACAACGUGAUGACACUCUGUGCAAUGUUGCCUCUGCUGCUCUGCACUUGCCUCAAUUCUUUCCUGCAUUCUCUCAUCUCUCAGCGUCUGCGCGUGAUGGGAAGUCUGCUCGUCAUUAUGUUUGUCUUCAGCGUUACGGCCGUUCUCGUCAAAAUUCCCAUGGAGCCGCUGCUGUUCUUUUCUGUAACCAUGGUGAAGAUCAUCAUCAUCAACUCUUUUGGGGCGAUGUUGCAGGGCAGUCUCUUUGGAAUGGCUGGUUUGCUGCCGGCUUUGUACACGACUCCCAUCAUGAGUGGUCAGGGACUCGCUGGAACCUUUGCAGCCUUCGCCAUGAUCUGCGCCAUUGCAAGCGGUUCUGAACUUGAUGAUGCAGCGUUUGGUUAUUUCAUCACAGCCUGUGUUGUUAUUCUUCUCUCUGUUCUGUCCUACAUCAUGCUGCCUAAACUGGAGUUCUUCAAGUUUUACCAAGAGAAGAACAACAAACAGAGUUUAGAUGAUGAACAGAACGUAGUCAAUUUGAUGAACUCAGGGAUUAAAGAUGCAGCCAUUGAUCAGAAGGACCAGCAAAUCUCCAUGAUGAAAAUCUUUAAGAAGAUAUGGAUAUUGGCUGUAUCAGUUUGCUUCACCUUCACCAUCACCAUCGGCACGUUUCCUGCCAUCACGGCCGACACCCAAUCCACUCUCGGUGCCGGAGGCUCCUGGGAGCUGUACUUCAUCCCGGUCUGCUGCUUUCUACUCUUUAACUUGUGCGACUGGUGUGGGCGGAGCCUAACAGCCGUUUACAUGUGGCCCAGCAAAGACAGCCUGAUACUUCCUGUGUCCAUCUGUUGUCGGCUGCUCUUCGUUCCUCUCUUCAUGUUGUGUAACGUUCAGCCUCGUGUUCAUCUGCCCAUCUUUUUCCACCACGACGCUUUCUUCAUCGUCUUCAUGAUCCUGUUCGCCUUCAGUAAUGGAUAUCUGGCGAGCCUCUGCAUGUGCUACGGACCAAAGAAUGUUCUUCCCCAUGAAGCAGAAACAGCUGGAACCAUCAUGGCCUUCUUCCUGGCUCUGGGUUUGGCUUCAGGAGCUGCUGUUUCCUUCUUGUUCAGAGCCCUGGUCUAACUAGUCCAACUGGUUUACUGAACAGUUCU